AUGGUCGUUACAAUUCCGUGUCUUGCUGAUGUUUGUUUGAUUCCCAUCGGAACGGGCUCUGUGUCUGUUUCAGAUGAAGUUACUCAGAUCACUCGUCUAGCUCAGCAGUCCCAUUUGCACACUACCUUGCACAGUGCUGGAACCACCAUAGAGGGUCCGUGGAAUGAAGUCAUGGACUUGAUUGGCCAGAUGCACAAGCUACUCCAUGGCCAAGGGGUGGUGAGAAUCCAGAGCGACAUUAGAGUAGGAACCAGAACAGACAAGAAGCAAACUCCUCAGGAUAAAAUCGACGUGGUGGAGCGCAAGUUGAAGGACUUGCCGUAG